CCUACAGAAGUGCACUAAAUAUGGUGAAGAAGCUGGGAUUGUGCGCCCUACGCAGUGCACUAUAUAUCCGAUUGGAAGUGGUUUGGGAUACGGUGUUUGAUUCUGCGGUUUGAAACAGAAGGGGUGUGAGUGAGUGAGUGAGCGAGCGAGUAAGUGAGCUAGCUAAGCAGUGCAGGGGAUCUCUCCACCCCCUCGGCGGAACAUUUGGAAAAAUAUCAAGAUUGUAUUCUUCUUAUUAUUAUUUGGGAAAAUGUCCUAAUAGUCGUGUAUUCAGUGCGUAGCUGGCAACCGGUGUCCAAAAAUUGGGCAUUUUGGAUAUAACCGGUUUGGACUGACUUUCGAAGAGUCGCGAGACGUCGCUGACGAACCGAGCUAGCUUGUUAGCUAGCUAUCCGUGUAUAUACAUAUAUGUGUGUUAGUGAAUUCUCAAACGUUAGCUUAGCUUGUGACCGUUACCAUGAUUAUAAUAAUGUGGAUUAAAAAUAUAUAUCUACGCGCUGUUAUUUAAAGCAAUAUCCGACCAAACUGGUCUCUGUAGUACAUUAUUUAUGUUUUGUUUUUGUUUUAAUUAAUUGAUUAAUUCGUCCUAGCUAGCAAUAAUAGCUAAUAAAGUGGUAGCCAGAAUUAACGUUAAUGUUCGUAACUCUAACAAGUCGCAUUCAUUUUCAGUUGAUUCAGCAUCAUAGCUGGAUGAGAUAUAUAAGCUAUAACCCUUUGGUUGUAAUGGUUUGCAGGCAAGACUAGCUAGUAAUUACAUGCGUAGCAGGCUGUGCGCUAAACUGACUAGCACGCUUGACAGGUGAGAUGUUCAUGCAUAUGCGUGUCGCUUAGCGAUCCAGCUAUUAAUCACACGCCAGUAAAUCGCAGAUCUACGCAGCCAGCUAUGCGGUCUUGGUGAAAUUUCUCCUAACCAGCGUUAUUAAGCUGGCGCUGUGUCAGAAAGCGUGCAGGCUGCUUUCCGGCACAUUCGGACACUCCUUAUCGGGUUUGAACAGGAGGUCAUGGUCCCAGCUGCAUUGCGGGCCUGUUUCACCGGAGAGAUCAGUCGCACAUUGCUACAGUGAACCAGGCUGUUACCAGAGGUGCGAGAAGACAAGGCCGGCUUUGCGGUGUCGUGUUGGGAGUGCUGUGGUCGGUGGGGAAAAGGCAGAUCCAUCCUCGCCCAUGCCCGCCAUGCCUGGUCCGGCGACCAGCAAAGCGCGGGUGUACGCUGAUGUGAACACUCUGAAGAGCAAAGAUUACUGGGACUAUGAAGCACACGUGCCUAGCUGGAGCAACCAAGAUGAUUACCAGUUGGUCCGGAAGCUUGGAAGAGGCAAAUAUAGCGAAGUGUUUGAAGCCAUCAACAUCAACAGCAAUGACCGAGUGGUGGUGAAAAUACUCAAGCCUGUCAAGAAGAAGAAGAUCAAGCGUGAGAUCAAAAUCCUGGAAAACUUAAGAGGAGGAACCAACAUAAUUCGCCUUGUGGACACAGUCAAGGAUCCCGUGUCCAGAACACCAGCUCUUGUCUUUGAGUGCAUCAAUAACACAGAUUUCAAGGAUCUCUACCAGAGAUUAACAGAUUUUGAUAUUCGUUUCUACUUGUAUGAACUUCUAAAGGCUCUGGAUUACUCUCACAGCAUGGGAAUCAUGCAUCGGGAUGUAAAGCCACAUAACGUGAUGAUAGAUCACCAAAUGAGAAAGUUGCGCCUGAUAGACUGGGGUCUUGCCGAGUUCUAUCAUCCUGCACAAGAAUAUAAUGUCCGGGUGGCAUCGAGAUCCUACAAGGGGCCAGAGCUGCUGGUUGAUUAUCAGAUGUAUGAUUACAGUUUAGACAUGUGGAGCCUGGGCUGCAUGCUCGCCAGUAUGAUUUUUCAGAAAGAGCCCUUUUUCCAUGGCCAGGACAAUUAUGACCAGCUUGUUCGUAUUGCUAAGGUCCUCGGGACCGAAGAACUUUACAGCUACCUUAAUAAGUAUCACAUUGAACUGGACACACGUUUCAAAGACCUGCUCGGACAGCAAACACGAAAGCGCUGGGAGCACUUUGUUCAGCCGGAGAAUCAGCACUUGGUGAGUCCCGAAGCUCUGGAUUUGCUGGAUAAGCUGCUGCGUUAUGACCAUCAACAGAGACUGACUGCCCAGGAGGCCAUGGAGCACCCCUACUUCUAUCCUGUGCUGAAAGGACAGUCUCUCUCAAACUCAGAUGGCACUCUGGCAAUAAGCAGUUCAACUGCAACAUGAUGAGCUAAAAGUAAAAGGAAAACCUUUUUACCUCAGUGUUUGGCAGAGACCCUGCGUUUCAGGUGUAAAGCUUCACUCUAAUGAAGCAAGAAGUAAUUUAGUAUCACAAGACAUGUACAGAAAACCGAAACACACCGGGCCGGCCGACUCCCUCUCCUUUAUUCACUUUGUAUUAGUGCUGCUUGCCACAGUUACUUAGAUACCAAAAAAGUGGUAUUCUGUAUGUCCCCUUCUUUCCUGUUUUAAGUUAAACAUCUCUCUCUCUCUCUAUAUAUAUAUAUAUAAAAAAAGCAAAAACAAACAAAAAAAAAAUUACAGAAUUAUAAGUGAUUAUAUAUUGUGGUUGGGAAAGAAUGCCUGCUCUUUCCCUGUGACUCUCAGGCUCUACAUGACUGCUGUGGGCUCAGGAUCCAGGUUGCAUUAUAUGCUGGAAAGAUUGUCAUGGUCAGUUGAUUUGCCCUGCUGAAAUAAGUGCAAAUUCUAAAUUAUAGUAUGAUUAUUAUUAUUAUUAUUAUUAUUAUUAUUGGGUAUGGAGGCUUUUCUGCGAUCUGUUGAAAAUAUGUUCUAUUAAAUAAGAGAUACUUUUUAACCAGUCUGACACGUGGGUGUGUAUUUUUAACGUGGGGUGAAUAACGACAGCUGUGCUACUAUUGAGAGACUGGAUCGCUUAUGGGACCUAAUUUAAGUCUAGUCAUGCAGCUGAUGUAGGCCAGAGAUCUAAAUUAAGCCCAGUUGAUCCAAACAUGGUACGUACACUUAAGAUCGUGCCGUUAUUGAAAAGUAAUCAACGGUGGGGUGAUGGGAUUCUGAGAGAAAUUUUAGCCAGAUGUUCAACAACUGUAGACAUUCUCUUUACGUCUAAAGUACAUUUCAGAUCUCCUAAUAGAAAUGAGUGCAAAAGUUUGCAUCCCUCUAGACGACAACGAAGAGCAGAAAGAAAUCAAUUUAUAGAUAGAACAGAAUGGAUUUCACGUACUCUAUAUUCCUACACCGACUAUUAAUGUUUCCUGUCAUUCUAUUUGUCAUUGAUGAAUUAUACAAUUAUUUGCCGUUCAGUGUACAUUAUACGUUUUAAAUGCCUUUUAUUAAAUGCACCACGGCAAAUCUUCCUCACACAGGUCUGGUCAGGCAGAAACCGUUUUUUUUUUUUGGUUGUUGUAGCAUUUAACUAUUAAAUUAAAUUGUCAAUAACAAUAUAUAUAUUUCUUGAGGCUACUCAUGACAAAACCAUAUUGUGACUGGCUUUAAAUACCAAUUUGCACACAAUUUUUAGUAAGGUAAGCAAAGUAAAAAGUAUAAUGGUUUUCUUCAUUUUUCACUGCAUUUCACUGCAUUUCAAUUUUCUCUUCGUAAAAAUGGAUUCCUCUAUGUACAUUCCGUAAUGUAGAACUGUCUAACUACUGUCAAGUGCUAAAGGUUUGCACCCCAUUGGACAAAAUUAAGACGAAUUUGAUUACCAGCAACUGUACAGUGUGUUAGGCUUCAAUGAUGGUUUUUCAUUUGAGACCAAUUUUAUAUUAUACAGUGCUGUGAAAAAGUAUUUGCUGUUUCUUCUGUUUUUGCAUAUAUCUCAUACUAAAUUGUUACAGAAAUGAAAACGAAAUCAAAGAUAAAACAACCUGAGUAAACACAAAAUACAGUUUUUAAAUGAUGGUUAUUUAUUGAAGCAAAAAACGUUAUCCAAUACCAACUGGGCCUGUGUGAAAAUGUAUUUGCCCCCGUAGUUACUAAUUCCCCGAAUUUAUGAAACUGCAUUCAUAAUUGGGUUCAGCUGGACUAGACACAACCAGGCCUGAUUACAAUACUUUAAAUAGAACUUUUCCAACAACAUGAAGGUGGUUAAAAGGUCUUAAUCAGUAACACACUAUGCCAAAGUUGAAAGAAAUUCCAGAAAUGAUGAGGAAGAUUGAAAGGUGAUUGAAAUGCAUGAGUCUGGAAAGGGUUACAGAGCUAUUUCAAAGGCUCUGGGCCUCCAAAGAACCACAGCGAGAGCCGUUAUCUCCAAAUGGAAAAACUCGGCACGGUAGUGAAUCUUCCCAGAAGUGGCAGACCAUUCAAACUUCCUCCAAGAGCAACGACUCAUCCAGGAAGUCACAAAAGAGCCAAAGACAUCAAAGGAACUACAGGCCUCUCUUGCAUCAAUAAAGUUCACUGUUCAUGAUUCCACUAUCAGAAAGACACUGGGCAAAAAUGGCAUCCAUGGAAGAGUGGUGAGGUGAAAACCACUGCUAACCCAGAAGAACAUUAAGGCUCGUCUGAAUUUCACCAAAACACACCUUGAUGAGCUUAAAACCUUUUGAGAGAAUGUUCUGUGGACUGAUGAGUAGAUAGUGGAACUGUUUGGAAGACAGGGGUCCCGUUACAUCUGGCAUAAACCAAACACAUAAUUCCACAAAAAGAACAUCAUACCUACGGUCAAGCAUGGUGGUGGAAGUGUGAUGGUGUGGGGAUGCUUUGCUGCAUCAGGGCCUGGGCAACUUGCAAUAAUUGAGGGAAACAUGAAUUCUGCUUUCUACCAGAAAAUCUUAAAGGAGAAUGUCCAGUUUUCAGUCCAUAAGUUGAAACUCAAGUGCAACUGGAUUGUGCAGCAAGACAAUGAUCUAAAGCAUAAGAGUCCUAGUACUAGAAGUAAGUGAAAGACUGAUCUCCAGUUGUUGGAAGCAUUUGGUUGCAGUUAUUGCUGCGAAAAGUGGCACAACCAGAUUUGAAUUUUAAAGGGGCAAUUAGUUUUUCAAAUUGGUGAUGGGUGUUGCAUAACUUUUUUUUUGCUUCAAUAAAAAAAAUUUAAAUAAACAAAAACUGUAUUGUGUGUUUACUCAGGUUGCCUUUGUUUUGUUGUAUUUUAUUUGAAGAUCUAAAACUAUUUAGUAUGAGAUGUACAAAAAAAAAGUAAGUUAUUUUCUAAUGAUUCUAAAUCACGCUGUCUUUAUAAUUCCCUCCAAACUAAUAUCCUAAUUUUCAGUCCUGCAAUAAUCACUCACAUUAUUCCUAAUAUACAGUGUCCUCUAGAACUAUUGGCACCCAUCCUACAAACUAAUACAAAUUAUCCUAUAAAAUAUACAUGACCCAAGAUUAUUUAAAAAGUAGGAGAAUAUUUAUUUGUUCUAAUCAUAAUCUUUUUUUUGUUGUUGUUUAAUAAUGGAAUUUUCUCUUAGAAAAUAUGUCAUUUAAAUAAAUACAGA